AUGCUGCAGGCACUGACUGGACUACAGUUUCAGCUCAGAGGAAAGCUACAGGAUGAAGAGUGGACAGACAAGCACCCUCGAGAAGAAGCCCAUGCACAUUAUUCACAGUGUCACAUCCCAGUUUCACAGUAUCCUGGGUUCAAUGGUUUUUUUCCGAUGGGAACACACUUUUCAUCAAACAAGGCUCCAGCAAUCCCAGAGGUACAAACACACUUGGAAAAUCAGUCUAGAUACCACAUACAGCAAAACCAGAGGCACCAGGUGAAGCAGUACCUGACCCUCGACACCAAGCUGUCCAGCCAAACCGUCUCCUUGUCCCACUCCCACACGAUCCAGCCUGCAGGAGUGACUUCCAUCCUCAGAAACGGACACAUGCCUCCUGCCAGUGAUAUUGGCACAGCUGAAAGCCCCGUUACCAAGCUGCUGGCCCUUGGAGGAGAACAUGAAAAUGCGAUGGAGGAGGUUAUUGAAGACAUAAUCAAUAUGGAAUCAAGUUUCAAUGAUGAAGGGAUAGGUUGCUCUGAAACUCCUCUACUAAUGCAAAGAACUCUAUCCAGCAGCAUUUUGGAUAUAUAUAACAGUGACCAGGGAAUGGCAGCAGCUAAUAUGGGUCUCACAAAUGCUUCCUGCCCAGCUAAUCUACCAGUAAAAAGGGAACUUACAGAAGCAGAUACAAGAGCAUUGGCAAAGGAGAGGCAAAAAAAGGAUAAUCACAAUCUCAUUGAGAGAAGAAGAAGGUAUAAUAUUAAUUAUCGAAUCAAGGAGCUUGGCACACUCAUCCCCAAGUCUAAUGAUCCUGAUAUGCGCUGGAACAAAGGAACUAUUUUAAAAGCAUCAGUGGAGUACAUCAAGUGGCUACAAAAAGAACAACAGAGAGCUAGAGAAUUAGAACACAGGCAGAAGAAAUUAGAGCAUGCUAACAGGAGACUUCUACUCCGAAUUCAGGAACUAGAGAUCCAGGCACGUGCACAUGGCCUUCCAGUCAUGUCUUCACUCAGUGCAGUUGAUUUAGCUGCACAGGUCAUCAAGCAACAGCCUUAUCCAGAGGAGAACUCUGUAGACUACUCCCAACAAAUGCCUCUGGCACACAGACCAAAUUCUGACGUUUGUGAUGGAUCUACAGCCUUUUCUGAUCCACUUUCACACUUCACAGAUUUGUCCUUCAGCGCAGCUUUAAAAGAAGAACAACGACUAGAGGAAAUUCUACUGGAUGACACAGUGUCACCGUUUGGAACAGACCCACUCUUGUCCUCCACGUCCCCAGCUGCAUCAAAGGAGAGCAGCAGGAGAAGCAGCUUUAGCACAGACGAUGGAGAUGAUUUAUAAAAUCAGAAAGGGCCUCAAACUUCUCUAAGCCACUGGCUAAGAGACUGAGUUGAAUGUAAGCAUGGUGUUCAUGCUUAUUUAAAUACAAAUAAGGAGAGUCACUGUGAAGACAAGUUACUACAUGACAAGGGUUUAAAUCAGCCCCUACUUCACAGGAAACUGAAAUGGACAUGAACUCAUAUCACUUUGCCCCAAAUCCACAUCCUCUGCUCACAGCUGACAUUUGCACAAACCUUCCUUCACUGGGAACUUUUUUACUAUCAUUCCAUGACUUUUUACAGUACUAUGAAAAGGCUUACCACAAAGGGAACAGCCAUGUUACAAAACUUUAUUCAAACUCUCUCCACA